AAAGUAACUAAUGUAAUACAUUAUUUAACCAAAUUGAUAAUAACAACAAACGUUGUCAAAUAAAUUUGAAAAAUAUUAUUUUGUACUUCAUACAACGCAUACAACAUAAGCAAAUGAAUUUACUUUUAUCUACAUGAGAACUAAUACAGUUUUCUUAUUUCUGAAUGAAACUGUCAUUAGACACUUUAUUGAUUCAUGUCUUUUUCAACCUUAAAGUAGUUCUUUAUUACUAAUAUUGAGACCGAUAAUAUUUUUAUUUCUGAUAUUGAACCAUAUGUUCUUUUAUGUGUAAAGAGGUGUGUCAAUUUAUAAGGCGUUUUGGCCUUUCUUUGUAUGGUAGUAUCGUUUUCAAUUUGAAAAAAUUAAAGGUAUGUCUGUACUGCUUGUUAUCUUUCAUAAAAGUUUAAGAUUUAUCAGUGUCUUUAGCUCCCUUUUUUGAUGUGUACAUGCAAGGACGGUGAAGGGAAAACACGAAUAUUAGUCAUACCUUCAGAAGACGUGAUUGACGAUGGUAUUUUUGAAGUGUGUAACAGACACAUAGAAUAUUAAAUUUGUACUUACUAAAAAAAUUGAACAAUGAAAUAAUUUAAUUAAUGCCUUUAAUCUUUCCGAUAUACAGUUUUCUUUUAAGUUAACCCGGAGGGUUGGCUUUGAACUACCCCGCAAAAUAUUGGCAACCGAACAUAGAAUUAGGAGAAAUGUAUAAAUGGGAAAAAAUGACAUUUCCAGAGUGUGACUGUCUGCCCUUCUAGGCGUUACCCUUGAAGGAUCUUUCACAAUAAAUGUUAGCGGUGAAGACAAAUCAAUUUGCCUUUAAAACAAUGCGUAUAUCUGUAUUUUUACCCCUUCUUCUUAUUUAUAUUAUUCUCGAAGAGGGGAAAUCUUCAAAAGACACCUCCUGAGGGAGAUAGUGUCGGAUUUUUACCGACUAAAACCGUUCCUCGAGUGGGGAAAUAAACCCAAAGAUUACUCAUCCUCGGGAAAGAAAUGGAUAGGUUGGGAUUGGGAAGAGGAUUGAGUUGGGAAAAGGGUUGGAAAUGUAAAUUUGUUGACUGCCCAAGAAGCCUUCGUUAAUCCUAAAGUUAUGGGCUAAUACUGAAACAGUACAUAUUAAGCAAAAUCUUUCGUUUACUGUCUUUUGAGUGACAUAAAUAUGAUAAUAUAACCUUUAUCAUUUUGGUAUCUGUCAUGUAAUUUCGAUUGCGAGUUUUUUAGUUUUUUUUGUACCAUUUUAGUGUUUGUACUUAAGAAAAUUCAAAAUUAUUUAAAUUUUACUAAAUUAUUUUAAGCAUCUCUUACAAUGAAUCACUAUACAAGCGUGUACAUGCGAGAUUAUUUAUGGCCUAAUAGGCUACCAGCUUGUGAACCCAAGCCAUUAUCAUUAAGCGAAAGAUUCGGUUUGACAAAACCUGAACCAAGAGCACCUUGCGGCCCUUCGCUAUGUACCGCUGGCGAUCCAUGGGAUGCAGCGAAAUUUACUGUCGUAGCAGAACCCAUUAAUUUGUGCAACAUAGAACCCAACAUGUUUUUGAAAAAAUUGAAGGAAAAGUAUCCCUACAUUUACGAAACUUUGAAAGACGCCCCCAUGAACGACUUAGCUUCAAGGGUUAAACGAGAAAUAAUGAGAACAACGUAUCAAGUUGACAUUUGUCAUUUAAGUGACUAUGCGAACGCUCCUUAUGCUGACUUGUUGAGGGCUGAAAAGUACAAAGGCGAGGGACCAUGUUCACCACCUAUUCUUUUGCCCGGAGAUGCUAAGAGACCGAAUCAAAAGCAAAGAAUUAUCAGACCAUCGCCUAAUGAUGCUGGUCUAGGAGAUCAAAAGUCCAAAAAGAGCGUACCUCUAACUCCAGGCUUUAGCGAAUACCAGGAUGGUAUAUCAAAACUUGGAGCACAAAUAAUUAGGGAUCAAAUUCACGGAAUCCCGAGUUUAAGAGAAGAAAUUACGUGGAACAUGAGAAAGUGUUGAUGUAACUGCUUUCAUUCACAAUUGUAUUGAAGUAUAAGGACAUCCUUCUUAACAGUAUUUAUUAAUGUUUCUCAGCAUCUUAAAACAUGAUUAACGAAUAUUAUUAAAAAAAAAAAUGGAUCUCUCUUAUCUUAAGUGGUGUAUGAAGUUUCAUCUUGCAAGAAGUUUAUUAUCAUUAGGAGUCUUAAUUUCAGUAUAUUAUUUAUGAGAUAUGAAGCAAGGAAACUGUAAAAUAUCCUGCAUGUCUACAGGAUAAUUGUUUUUUAAUCAUGUUGGUUCUUGACUCGUGUACAUAGAUCAAUGUGUAACAUUCAUUAUGAAUGUUUAAAUGAUUCGACUAAAUGAUUCGACUAGAUAAUGCUCCUUUUUUGUAAUAAAUAAGAAUGUGAUAUUGUUUUUAAUUUGCUGAGAAAUAGUUACGGUAGGUAGGUAUAACCUGUGGAGCAAAAUGUAUGAAUAAUAUACGUAUCUAUUUCUAAAAGUGUUCUGUUCGUUCUUGAGUUAAACUUUUUAUUAUAAAUGAUAGA